AUGUCGAAUCUCCCACCCUUAACUCCAGAGGAGAAAGCCGCUCGGGAGCGCCGACUGCAGGCAGAACACGAGCGCUAUGUGAAAAGCAUUGAAACAAUGCGUUCGCUCCCACGUCUCCGUUCCACUGUAGCGGGGGCUGGUGGGAAGACAAAUGAGCAUGUUCGCCUUGCUGAGGAACGGGAGGCCGAGAGGCGCCAGCGGCUUCAGGCUGAAGCAGAGCGCCUAAUGGAAAAGACGAAGCGAGAGAGUGAGCAUCGGGCGAAGGUUGAGGCGUUGAACUCUAAACAGCAGAAGAAACGUGCCAAGGCAAGCAAACGGAAGGCAAGGCGCACAAGGUACAAGUUGGAGGGAGGCAAAACUGAGAACGCAGACAUUCUAGGUUCUGAUGAAGAGAGUGAAUUGGGCGGCAGCGAGCACAGCGUGGAUGAAGGGGAGAAUAAAACAUAG